AUGGACUUCUUGCUCACGAAGCUUGAGAGCGUCAAAGAAGAGAUACACGCAAUGGAUGCUGAUAAUAAGGACGAACUUCCGCCCUAUUACUCCGCAGGCGUGCUCGCUGCAUGGUCGAAGAUCAACACGUACUACGAGCUCACCGACCGAUCACCGAUCUACCGCAUGGCCAUCGCUCUCCACCUAGCCUACCAAUUCGAAUACUUCAGGGCGAAGACAGCACAGAAGGAGCUAACUGCAUAUUACGAUCGCUUCGCCGCAGUCACGGUGGCCACUGACCACGUCGACCAGGCCGAGACUUCUCCUUGUUCCUCGCCGACAAUCGACGACGAAUUCGAUGCUUGGGGCCAUACAACAGAUCGACCACACCGUGGCAAGAGGAGGAAGGUGGAGACCGAGUGGGAGGUCUGGAUAAAGCAGGUGCCGUCGAAGGACGACAUGAACGUUAAGAAUCCUCUUGCGUGGUGGGUGGACCGACGCCACGUUUGGCCCAUUCUCAGCAAACUUGCCCUUAAUAUCUUCAGUACGCCGGCGAUGAGCGCAGAGCCAGAGCGCGUAUUCUCCGACGGCGGCGAGCUUAUCACCGAUAAGCGCAACGGCCUCGGCGAUGACACAAGGAGAUCACGCGCCCGACGGAGAGAGUAUGUCCAGGAGCUCGAACAGCAACUUAGAGUGUACGAGCUUCAGGGCAGCGAGGCCUCUGCUAAGAUUCAAAUGGCCGCGAGAAGAGUAGCCAAGGAGAACAAGCAGCUCCGAGAAUUUCUCAACAGGUACGGCUUUAGUGACAACCAUAUCGCCCAUUUCUUGCAGUCGGGUACCUUCGUGCCACUUGAUUCCGACCAAAGCCGUACUUUUCGCGCCGGCGACCCUGGGGUCGCCGUCCAGUCGCUGGAACAGCUUCUGAUGCCGCGACGACCGGUCAGUCCAUAUCAAGGCUUCUUCGUCUCUUCGUCGAGACAAUCAUGCCAGGAGCCAUUCACCACCAGCGGGUCGACCACAAGUUCGUCCGUCUGGGAGCCACCGCAACUCGCGACGUCCUCGUACGGCUAUCAACAUCGCAUGGGCAUGGCAGUCAUGGGCUCGGCGGUUCAUCCCCCAUACCCACUGACAACCCUGUCGAGUCACGCGAGUACCAUGUGGCAAGACCGAGUUUGUGACGGACCACCGUCUCCGUCGAUAUUCGACAGUUCCGGCCAGCCCAUGGCCACGGCACAGGCUACGGUCAUAGGCGAUCAUCCCGCAAUGACCUUGCAUUGUUCUCUACCGAAAUAUUCAGACUCGACGAUACCACAUUACGAUUUCCCAGAGUGUACCCGGUCCCAGAGGGAUGGUUCAACAAUGAAAUGA